CUAAGUACGCAAUGACAAUACAACUACUGCACUACUUUACGCAUUUGCGCAAUCAAAUACACGUGACAGGCAUCGUAUUUCCGGCGACCAAAACCGGUUAACUGUUCAAGGAUAAAACUUGAAUUUAGGAGGUACAAUGGGUGAAAGAUGCUCUUGUGUUGCCGCCCAUGAAGAGAACAUUGAUACACCAGAACGUCGUGCUUUAGAGAAGGUUUGCAGUGAGCUGGAAAAAUUAGAGAAAAAAUCAGAUGAAGACGACAUCAAAAUACCAAGAAAGCAAUUCCAAGCCAUUAUCAGAGACGUUAAGGACGCAUUAAACGGAGCUGAAGGCAGAAGCAAACAAUCAGAUCGACUGUUUGCUUACUUAAUUGAUUCUUCAAAUGCAAAUGCAGCCAAGUCGUUCGUAGAAGCUUUCCAAGAGAGAAUGAAGAAGAAAGGAAUUUCGUUAAGCCGAAAGCAAAUCAGUGAUACGGAUAAACUAGAUCCGAGCCUGUUUUUAAUACUAGUUUGUAAUGCCUCUUCUCGCAUUGAAGCCGACAUUGAAGCAUGUUUUGAUAAAAUCAAAGGAGAGGUUCACGACAGAAUAAUUCUAAUAAUCUUGCAUGUGGCGAGAAGAGGUAAAGCGCCCGCGGAAUACACUAGCAAGAAGCUAGGGAAUAGUUUUUGUUCUGGAAGGUACAGCUCGGUAUUCUCUAUAAUUGACAUGGCAUUCACUAUAGAAGAUGGAAUAUAUGAAUGUUCCAUGAAUGAAAAAGCAUUCAAUGUUCUUGAAAGCAUUUAUUCGGAUAAUCCCACAAACCUUCAAACGCAAGAAACAAACACAACAAAAGAUACACCUUGCACUGAAGAUACUUCCAACCACGACGAAGCUACAGAAGAUACAGAAUCACUGCUACCAAAAUCUGUGAAUAAAAAAGCAUUCACCGGUCUCCAAAAUUCCACAAACCUUCAAACGCAAGAAACAAACACAACAAAAGAUACACCUUGCACUGAAGAUACUUCCAACCACGACGAAGCUACAGAAGAUACAGAAUCACUGCUACCAAAAUCUGUGAAUAAAAAAGCAUUCACCGGUCUCCAAAAUUCCACAAACCUUCAAACGCAAGAAACAAACACAACAAAAGAUACACCUUGCACUGAAGAUACUUCCAACCACGACGAAGCUACAGAAGAUACAGAAUCACUGCUACCAAAAUCUGUGAAUAAAAAAGCAUUCACCAGUCUCCAAAAUUCCACAAACCUUCAAACGCAAGAAACAAACACAACAAAAGAUACACCUUGCACUGAAGAUACUUCCAACCACGACGAAGCUACAGAAGAUACAGAAUCACUGCUACCAAAAUCUGUGAAUAAAAAAGCAUUCACCGGUCUCCAAAAUUCCACAAACCUUCAAACGCAAGAAACAAACACAACAAAAGAUACACCUUGCACUGAAGAUACUUCCUACCACGACAAAGCUACAGAAGAUACAGAAUCACUGCUACCAAACUAAACAAAGAUUUUAGCAACAUUUUAUUAUAAAUGAAAGCUUUUUACCGCAUUUACUUGUGAAAAUUGACUAACAAGUACAAACAUUAAGACGAACGUCAGAAAUCGCUAAAUAUAAUGGCAUCUGAAUAAAUUCGAGACUAGAACAUCCCGAUUUUAUAGGAAUGUCUUGUACAAACCUUGAAAGGUUUCAGUCAAGGAAAGUUCCAAAUUGUAUUUCAUUAAAAUUACAGGAUGUUUUCUUUCUAAAGAGGUUAUGAUCCAGCUUUAUACAGACACACCACAUGUUUGGCGUUCCACACUUGAUGGACGUGUGCCUUUUCGAUGAAAUCUGACGAAAGGGACGGGAUAAUAAUAUAAUUUCAUGCAUUUAUCGAUGUUUCUAUGAGAUAUUCAAAAGUAAUUAAUUGACUUUUUUAUUGAUAUGUACAUAGCAUUCCUCAUUAUGUUUGUAUUGAUGACUUAUUGUUUAGCCUAUCUGAGUUUGAGAUAUCAUACUUGUCAAGAAGUAUUUAUAUGCUAUAGUUUUCAAACUGUUUUCAACAAGAUGUUAAAAUUUUUAAGUCUGAGUUGUUCUAGUUUUUUUUUCCAGAAUCACAUUUUCUGUUCUUGAAGAUACAUGAAAGUUCUUGAAUCUUACAUGAUGUUUUAAGUAGGAAGUUAUUUGAGGACAGGGAAGAACAUAGUCAAUAAAAUCUUAUUGAAAAAGCAUUCAUGUAUUUUUUGAUAACAAAAUAUUACCAGUUUAGGAUUUAAAACGUUAACUUUAAAAACAUGAUUUAUAUUUCUUGGAUAUACUACAUACAGUCUGAGUAAUAUGUGAGAUAUUGAAAUUAAUACUUAUUAGAAUUAAAUUCGACAAGGACUGGACUUGCUCUAUUAUUAUAUAUUAUAAUUGGACUUAAUGGCUAGUUAACAUUUUCAAGGUAUCUGAAUUGUUACUUUUCAAAAUAAACUGUUUUACUGUUAAUAGUUGCUGAUUUUUCCUGUUAUAUUUAGUACUAACUAACAAGCAGUUGUUAUCGUUUGACCUAACAUCAUCUUGAUAAAAAAAACAAUGAAAAAUGUAUAUGCAAAGCAAUUGCAUGAUAUGUAUUCGACAAAUUAUUUAUAUCUCUAAAUUGUUAUUGUAUGCAUGAAUAUUUAUUAUAUAUAAAAGACUGUUUGAAAAACAAUUGACUGAGAAUUAACGUAACCUUGUAUUUUUGGUUCACGAACCUUCUAGUUAAAAUCUCUAUCUCAUGGUUCUUGGAGCAUCUUGGAAUAUAGUAGUGCAUAAACUAUGAUGAAAUCCUUUUUUAUGAUGUAGCUUGUCAUAAUUACAUUCAAGAAACGAAUGUGUCGGCCAAUUUAAACAUAUUUCAGUUGGAAGAUAAGUAACAGUUUUCUGCAAAAAAAAAAAAAAAAAAUCAAAAAAUUUAAUUUCUUCUUUCAUCUUACUGACAACAAUUGGUUUUGAAUGAUGUUUUGUUAUGUCGUAAAACCCUUACAUAAAAAGCUUUUCAUAACAUUUUGAAAACAAAACUGACUAUGAUUAUUAAACCAAAGCGAUUUCGCGUUAGAGUAGAGUCAAAGUGCUGUUGUCAUGCAGUUUUGAAUAUUUGCAAAGUUAUCGUUAUAUACAAAAAAAACUUUCAUAUUAAUGUACUGCAGUAUAUUUGUGUAGUAGGUAUGUCCUUUAAGCAUAUUUAUAUAACUCCGUAAGAAUAUCAUCACCUGCUUUGUAUAUUCAGACAUUUUAUAUCAAUUUUUUGUGGUUGGUUGUAUAAAUAUUCACGAUUAUAACUACUUAUUUCUAAAGACAUUCUGACUGUUUACUAAGAGUUAAAUCUAUGUUUGUAUAUACUGGUAAAUUGAUCUAAGCAUCCGACUAUCAAAUACAUGCUACAUGUUCGUAGACUUAGACAGAUAAAACUGAAAAUAAAUCUAAAUCUGCAAACACAAUUCGACGAAAAACCUUGUUCACCAAAACAGCUCCCGAAACCUUACUUUUAUUAAACAUAAUUAACCGUUUAUUGUUCUGUUGGAAGGCAUAGUUACUGCAGUACGAUAUACUAUGUUUGGUGUUUACCAGGUUUGAUCUUACAUUAGGUCCUUUUUAUUCCAGGUAUUGUAAAAUGUUUAGUUAAAUUAAAUAUGAGACCUAUGCAAAUACCGAUAAAUUAAAAUGCCUUUGUCACAGACAUGAAACAAAAUAGAUCGUCAUAGCUUAGUAAAGUUUGCAGAUUUCAUCAGCUAUCCAAACAGAGGUCUUUGAACGCCAUACGGCUUCCAUAAGGAAUAUUAUUCUACUUGUACUCUGUAUUAUUUCUGAUAUUGUUUAUACAUUCCUUUUUUAUGAAAGAGUUCCUUUUAAAACAGUGUUAGCUACGCGAGUGGUCUUGUACGUUUUAUUACCCCUCAUAAAUAGGCCCAAUUAUAACGAGUUUAGUAUUACUUUGAUUGGUUGUAUUCAAAGCUUCCUAAGAUUUGUCUUAAAUAUUAACAUACUUUUUCAAACCGAGUUUUUAUUAGUUUAGGUACAUUCAAUACUUGCAUACGCUUCUCCAAUGUAUUUUAUUUGGAUAGAAAUAAAAUUAUAUUUAAAAGC